AUGGCGACUGAAAAGUCUCAGCCUUCGUACGAAAUCACAGGUAGUGAGUCGAAAGGAAGUCAAUCCCAUGCCCAGGACCUCGAAGUCGGGGAUAGAAGACUUAGUCAUGUCGAUGUCGCCAGGAUCACCAAGGUCUCGUCUGUUAUCACCGUUCUAGUUGCGGGACUUGCCUUGUUCUCUGAUGGAUACAAUGCACAAAUCAUAGGAUACAUGGAGCCCUUGUUCACAGACCUAUACAAGGACGGCAUGUCUAGCAUCAUCAAGACCCGAUUGUCCAACGCAUACCUCAUUGGGGAGAUCUUUGGCAUGCUCUUCUUUGGCUUUCUUAUUGACAAGAUAGGCCGUCGUACCGGUAUCGUCUUUGCAACUUUCUUCCUCAUCCUGGGUAUCGUUUUGGCUACGGCUGCUCACGGCACCAGUCAGCUCGGCAUGUUCUGGAUGAUGAUCAUUGCCCGUGGUGUCGCCGGCUUCGGUGCCGGAGGCGAGUACCCAACCUGCGGAACUGGCAGUGCCGAAGCCUCAGAUGAAAGUGAAUAUGUCCGCCGCAGACGAGGUUUCCUGGUCGCCGUGGCCACGGACUUCGCCAUUGACUUCGGAUUCGUGGUAGCCGGGGUCGUGGCGCUGAUUGUCAUCGAAUGCUACAACGAGAAAAUCUCCAGUGGAAUCUGGCGCAUCUGCUUCGGGUUGGGCUUUGUCCUGCCCGUGACGUUAUUCUUCUUCCGAAUUCGCAUGGUCGAGUCCAGUCAAUAUCGCAAACAUGCUAUCAAGCAAAACAUACCGUAUUGGUUGAUCAUCAAGCGAUAUUGGAAGCCCAUAGUUGGGACUUCUCUUGCAUGGUUCAUGUAUGACUUUGUCACCUACCCCUUUGGAAUCUUCAGCUCAACCAUCAUCGGUCAACUCAACCCUAAAAACACCCUAAUCCAGAACAUCGGAUACGGUACGGUCGUAAACUGCUUCUAUCUUCCUGGCUGUCUUGUGGGCGGAGUCCUUAUGGAUAGAAUCGGUCGCAAACAAACUAUGACUCUCGGUUUUGGCUGCUGGUCAGUCUUGGGAUUUAUCCUGGGUGGAGCGUUGAACCCUAUUCAAUCUGUUUUUCCCUUGUUUGUCGUCCUCUAUGGGAUUUUCAAUAGUCUUGGAGAGAUGGGACCUGGAGUUUGCACUUUCCUGACAGCCGCAGAAAGCUUUCCUACUCCUUUGCGCGGACACUUCAUGGGCUUCGCUGCUGCGGUUGGAAAGGCUGGUGCUGCGAUUGGAACUCAAGUCUUCACGCCUAUCCAGGACUCCUUCGGCGACACGCAAAAAGGUACUCAAGCAGUCUUCCUGAUUGGAGCUGGCUUUGCCGCCGCGGGUGGCAUCAUCUCAUGGAUAUUCAUCCCUGAUCGAGAUCGAGAGCUUGAGAGCGAGGACGCCAAGUUCAGAGAAUAUCUUGCAGCUCACGGAUAUGAGGGAGACUUUGGUGAAAGUUUGAUUGUGGAGGUGAAAACGACGGUUUUCAACCGCGAUUAUACGAAGACGUCUUGA